CCAACAAGAAAUCCAAAAUCCAUGUAGGAAAGCCAAAAUAUCGUGAACUAAAAUGUGUAAACCUGACAUGAACAACGAAAUGAACGUUCUUCUCGUCCCGUGUCUUGCCUCAGGCUCAAGGGACAAAGUGUGGCAACACUUCACUUCUCAUUAACGAAGAAUGAAACUUGUGUGUUCGGGGCAUCGAGUUCCAGUCCAACAGUCGAGAUCACAACUGUCGUAAAUGGAUCUGUUCUCAAUGUUCGGCAUUCAAGUCACCAGAGUAAAAUCUGAACCUCCUGACACUGUGUGCCUACCAGAACAGGGCCAGGUACAGCAACAGUACUGCAGCGAGUCUUCAUUAGGAGGUAUUGGAUAUUCGCGACUCCAGCGAAGCCGUAGCCACCUAGCGACCAAAAUCGCAACUAGCGACUCCAGGUUCACAAAAGCGCGGGGGCGCACGAUACCAAAGCAAUCAACAAAGUCCGACGAUAAACGUGCAUUUGUUGAACUUUCUAAGCUGGAAAUGAUGAAGCCACAUGCGGUCAAGAAGUCCAAGGACUUCUGCUGCGUUCCACAAUGCACUUCUGCCAGGUGGAAGGACGGAAAGUUAUCUUUCCACCGUUUUCCACGCGAGAAUGAAAUGAGUGGAAACCCACCGACGCCAACGUAUCGCCGUAAGCAGUGGAUCGCGCGGCUACGAAUCGGUAAAAAGGUGUCAAACACAAUGGUAGUAUGCUCGAAGCACUUUGCUGAUAGCGACUUCUUCUUGCCUGGGGUUGAAUGCAAGCUACGGCGAUUAAAAAGCACAGCAGUGCCAUCGCAAAACGUCCCGAGACUCUCUACAUACGAUGCGCAAAAGGCAGCCCGCUUGGAGAAGCUGAAAGCCAUGAGGUUAGACAGAAGGACCAGCAGAGAGGAUAGAUCGGCAAGUCUAAACACAGCACGUGAGGAUUGCCCUGCGUCAGUCUCAUCUGCGUGUCAAUCCAGCGAAGAGUGUGACAUGGAAGAACCCGUUGCGGGAGGCGCCGAAGACCUUGUAGACCUCAUAGAGCAGCCGGCACCAACCUAUGAUGACAAAGGGGCAAUUCCUGGGAUGUGUCACAUUAAAGAAGAACCUCCACAGGAGUCUUCAAAUGAACGUCCGAUCACAGUUGUGAAAACAGAGCCUUACAAUGUUGCAAUCUUGACAGAGCAAGACCAGGUGGGACACAGCAGUGACUCAGCAUCGGAAGAUGCAAAAGCAAGCACUUGCAGUGUUCACGUUGAGGAUGAGCCAACAGACCCUUGUAAUCCAGCACCAUCAGCUACCCUGAACCGUCCCAUCACGACUGAGGGACGGGAGGCAGAAAAGCGGCAUGAGUGCGACCCAUCUGAGAGUGCCAGGAACCACACGCAGGAGCACACAGACAAGAUGCUGUACAAGUGCGAUCUCUGCCCUGCAGAGUUCAUUUGGAACACGCACCUGCAGCAUCACAAGGAGAAAUCCACACGCGAGAAACCGUACAAGUGUGAGCUCUGUCCUGCAGAGUUCAUCCAGUGCAUGCAACUGCAGUGUCACAAGCGGACACACACAGGCGAGGAGCCAUACAAGUGUGAUCUCUGUCCUGCAGAGUUCAGCCAGAGCAUGGCCCUGCAGCGUCACAAGAAGGCACACACAGGUGAGAGGCCGUACAAGUGUGACCUCUGUCCAGCAGAGUUCGUCCGGAACGUGCACCUACAGCGUCACAAAAAGACGCACACGGGGGUGAAGCUGUACAGGUGUGAUCUCUGUCUCUCCGAGUUCUCCCAGCUGCACCACCUGAAGGAUCACAUACGCAUUCAUACUGGUGAGAAGCCAUACAAGUGCAGUCUCUGUCCAGCAGAGUUCACCCAGAGCACGCACCUGCAAUAUCACAAGUGGACACACAAAGGAGAGAAGCCAUACAAGUGCAAUCUCUGUUCGGCAGAGUUCGUUCGGAGCGCGGACUUGCAGCGUCAUAAGAAGACACACACGGGUGAAAAGCCAUACAAGUGCGACCUCUGUCCUGCUGAGUUCACACAGAACACCCACCUGCAAUGUCACAAGCGGACACACACAGGCGAGAAGCCAUACAAGUGCGAUCUUUGUCCUGCACAGUUCAUCCGGGGCGCAGACCUGCAGCGUCAUAGAAAGACACACACAGGUGAGAAGCCCUACAAGUGCGAUCUCUGUCCUGCAGAGUUCACACGGAGCACACACCUACAGCGUCACAAGAAGGCACACACAGGAGAGAAGCCAUACAAGUCAGGCUCUUUCCUGCAGCGUUCAGUCACAGCGUCACAAGAAGAUACACACACACAAAAAGACAUACAAACGUGAUCUCUGUCCCUCAGAGUUCACCCAGCUCCUUCACCUGAAAGAUCACAUAUGGACUCGUACUGGUGAGAAGCCAUAAAAGUGCGAUCUCUGUCCUGCAGAGUCCACCCAGAACACGCACCUGCAGUGUCACAAGUGGACACACACAGGCAAGAAGCCAUACAAGUGCGAUCUUUGUCCUGCACAGUUCAUCCGGGGCGUGGACCUGCAGCGUCAUAGAAAGACACACACGGGUGAGAAGCCCUACAAGUGCGAUCUCUGUCCUGCAGAGUUCACCCGGAGCACACACCUACAGCAUCACAAGGAGGCACACACAGGAGAGAAGCCAUACAAGUUGGGCUCUUUCAUGCAGUAUUCAGUCACAGCAUCACAAGAAGAUCCACACACGCAAAAAGACAUGCCGACGUGAUCUCUCUCCCGCAGAGUUCACCCAGCUGCUCCACCUGAAGGAUCACAUGUGGAUAAUCUGUCCUGCACAGUUCAGCAAGAGCAUGAGGACACACACAGGCGAGAAGCCCUACAAGUGCGAUCUCUGUGCUGCAGAGUUCACCCAGAGCACGCACCUACAGCGUCACAAGAAGGCACACACGAGAGAGAAGCCAUACAAGUCGAGCUCUUUCCUGCAGCAUUCAGUCACAGCAUCACAAGAAGAUACACACACGCAAAAAGACAUGCCGACGUGAUCUCUCUCUCGCCCGCAGAGUUCACCCAGCUGCUCCACCUGAAGGAUCACGUGUGGAUAAUCUGUCCUGCACAGUUCAGCAAGAGCAUGAGGACACACACAGGCGAGAAGCCCUCCAAGUGCGAUCGCUGUCCUGCAGAGUUCACCCAGAGCACGCACCUACAGCGUCACAAGAAGGCACACACGAGAGAGAAGCCAUACAAGUCUAGCUCUUUCCUGCAGCAUUCAGUCACAGCAUCACAAGAAGAUACACACAUGCAAAAAGUCAUGCCGACGUGAUCUCUCUCUCUUCCCCAGAGUUCACCCAGCUGCUCCACCUGAGGGAUCACAUGUGGACAAUCUGUCCUGUACAGUUCAGCAAGAGCAGGAGGACACACACAGGUCAGAGGCUGUAUAAGUGCGAUCUCUGUGCUGCAGAGUUCAUCUGGAGAAACCUAUCAUCCAGAGAAACCUACAGCGUCCAAAGACACACAGGGGCGAGAAGCCACACAAGUGCGACCUUAGUAGUGACACGUCCAACCCUUGCAGGUCAGGCACAGCGUGAGUUGUUCAAGCUGUUUAUCUCGUCAAGCUCGGAACCCAGGGGAGAACUGCCGGUCCGUCGUUCUUCCUCAACCUUUAUUCUGCAGAAGGAGCCGUCGUGGCUCGAUGUGGAUGUCAUUGUCAUUGAUUAUUGGAUGGCGAUCUGACUUCUAUCCUGCACCAUUCAACCGCAACACACACCUGCGGCCUCACAAGCAGACACACGUGCACAGGAGACUGUAUGUGCGAUCACUGUCAUACAGGCACACGUGGGUGAGAGGACAUACAGCUGUAAGCUGUGUCCUGUGGAGUGCAGACAGAGCAUGGAUCUUCACAGUUGCAAAUGGAAACACAAAUGAGAGGGGGUGUACAAGUGCCAACUUCACCCUGUCAGGUUUGCUCAACCCAUGAACCUGAAGAAGAGGAAAGACUGAGCAGAUGCCAACUGUAUCUCUCCAUAUUUUAUUCUUUUGUGAUGUUUAAACUUCACCUCACAUACAUGCAGUUAAUGACU